UGAUUUUCAGUACUUCUCAGGAAAAUUGUGGCCUUUUUUGGCCUUUACUUCUUUUCUAUUGUACUUCAAUUAUAUAGAAUAAUUAUUUUACCCAAGGAAGUUUGGCUUACAACUAAUGUGUACUGAUUAGUUUGAUAUAACCUCUGCUGAAAAUGAAAUUGGUGACUAAAGUUCGUCUUUUUCGAAGUCCGUAUACGAUUUGUUACAUUUCUAAAGACCAGGUUGCAUUACCGGAUGAAAAAUAUUACAAGACUAUAGGUGUGAAUGCUGGAGACUUUUGCGAUGUCUCUGUUGAAGAUGAAGAGCAUGACACUGUUUCGAAGAAAUUGAAGUUUACAGCUUCGGCGCUGUUCCUCCAGCCAUUUUUGAAGGAAUGUUUGAAUUCGGAAGUAUACAGGUGCAAAGUUUUGUCAUACUUGAGUCACUUGGCUGGAUCAGACUGUGGACUAGUAGUUUUGAAUCUAACACUGGAGCCUCCAGACAAGGAGGUUAUAGAUUUUGUCUGGAAUGAAAAAAUAUUGAGGUUGGUCUGGACUAGGGUGGAGAUAGAAAAUGCUUUCUCGUGGCUAUCAACUCUUGGAGGAGCUUACUCUGCACUGGGAGACUAUUUUGAAUAUUGUGCAGAGGAGGCAGGCAGGAUAUCAAUGCGGCAAUACAAGCUAUCUAAAAUGCUUGGUGAUGAUUCGUUAGCUGCAAGAAGUUGUCUCUACUCAGCCUUAUCACAUGCCCAGAAGGGGAACUUAAAGCUGGCACGACACAUUGUCAGGAAGGUAGUAGCAUUCGGACGAGCUACGCAAGACAAACGCCUCAUACGAAUGUGUCAGGGAGUCUGGGCAAAACUGAAGUAUCUGAGGGAACUGGAAGAGUCAGAGGACAGAAAAACAAAAAAAGAAACUAGCCAAAAUGGUGUAGUGAAUUCCAAAUGAACGGAUUCCAC